AUGGCGUCCGGUGGUGGAAGCGUGUGGCUCACUCGUCGAGACAGAAAAAUUUACAGUCGAUUGAUGUUCGGCUCACGUAUAUCUGCGCACGCCAUCUUCGUCUUACUCAAUAACAUGAUGGCCGGGCUAUACCAUCUGGCUAGGCUGAACGAUAGAUGGUUUCGGUUAGAUGAGCCCCUUGUCAGCGCCUUUGUCGAGCGGUGGCGUCCUGAGACGCACACCUUCUAUAUGCCCUUCGGAGAGUGCACCAUCACGCUUCAGGACGUGGCGUACCAGUUGGGGUUGGCAGUGGACGGGCGUUAUGUCAGCGGUUGCCUUACAGAUUUCCAUAUGUAUAUCGAGGGUGGACGUCCAGCUUGGGUGUGGUUCGAGGAGUUGCUUGGAGUGAUUCCUCCUCCGAGCCAGGUUCAGAAGUUCGCAGUAAACUGCACCUGGUUCCAGGAGACUUUCGGAGAGUGCCCCGAGGGAGCCGAUGAGGAGACUGCUUGGGGAGAUGGGUUCCUACAGUUGGGGUCUGUAGCAUUGGCAUGGUUGUACCGGUUUAGGCCUGCUGGGUAUGAUAUGUGCAGUUGGCUUUUGGCAUCGAGGUGGUCAGGUUACAGCCCUUCCUACAGUGAAAAGGGUCCUAGAUUUAUCUGGAUGCCGUAUAGCUCCCCCGAUGUACUUCAGGUUGUGCAUCCGGAGGCGUUGGAGCCUCGACACAUGGCGGUUUGGCGGUCUGUCAUGUCGCUUAUAUACUUUGCCGUUGUAGAGUGGCAUCAGGUAGAUAGGGUUCUACCGCAGUUCGGUGGUGUGUAG